CGCAAGUACCCCGAGCACUCUUUGUCCUGCUCACCCCCGAACUCACCUCGUCACCUGCUCGGCACCAUGAAGGUCUCCGGGGUUGCCCUCGCCGUCCUCCUGUGCGCCAUGGCUCUCAGCACCCAGGUCUUCUCCAUACCACUUGGUGCCGACACCCCGACCGCCUGCUGCUUCUCCUACAUCUCCCGCCAGAUCCCCUACAAAUUCAUAGCCGACUAUUUUGAGACCAGCAGCCAGUGCUCCAAGCCAGGCGUCAUUUUCCUAACCAAGAGAGGCCGGCAGGUGUGCGCUGACAUCAGUGAGGCCUGGGUCCAGGGCUACAUCAAUGACCUGGAACUGAAUUCCUAAGAGGCCGGAAGCUGCAAGGAACCCGGUGACCCUGGAUGGCCCCGGAAACACCCCACAACCUCCACAGCUACCUCUCUUAUGGGCUUGCGGCUGCCGAACAGUCAUACUCUGGGACCCUCUUAAUUUAUAUAUGAAUUUAUUUAUACUAUUUAAUUUUUGUAAUUUAUUUUUGUUGUCACGCUGUUUGUGACUGCUAGCUCCGCGUGAUCCCAGGGCACUUUGGCCCCUCGUCUGCUCCCCUUGGCUCACACUGUGACAGACUACAGCUGAGCAGAGCCAUCAGCUUGCUGUAGGCAGAGGAGGUGCUGAAGCCUCCAGCCUGACCAGCAGGUAGUGGAAGCUAAUAAAGAUGCUCAUUGGAAAAGCAAA